CUGGAUUCUUUUGCAGUGUCAUAGAUAUCGCUGUGACAAUAUUCUCUAGAGAGUCGAUGGAAGCUGUUUGUCAUAUUCUAAGAUGGUGGAGUGGAGAAAAGCGUGUUCACAUCCCUGCGCCUUCAUGAACUAUAAGUGAGAUAUUUCCCAGGCUGCACUCGAGGGGAAGACAAGCUAAGCCCCACAGUCUCCCUCCCAAACGCAGCUAGGCAAAAUAAUGCUCAGGCCUCUCGGCAAUGGCGGGAAUCGCUCGGAUGAACUCCCGCGCGCCACCUCUCCACCUCCUCGACCUCCCACUCUCCACCCACCACCAUCUCCCCUUCCAUCCUCCUAUACUCACCUUUUCCCGACUCCCCAACAAGUCUAGGACCCUCCCGUGCGCAGCUCGAAGAAGGAAGGAGCCAUCAGCAGCAGCAGAGGCAAGCUCUUUGUCUACCGCCUACGACACCGACAGCCACGACCUCAACUCCCAACUUCGCCAAUUAUGCUUAUUGGGGAGAUUGGACGAAGCCAUGCAGCUUCUUGGCUCUAUGAGGGAAGAUAGAGCCACCGUCGAAGAGGAGACGUUCGUUUCGCUCGUUCGGCUCUGCGAGAUGAAGAGGGCACUCGAACAUGGUGAGACCGUCCAUGCCCACAUCUCUGCUUCUUCUUCAUGUGUUCCGUUGAGUUUGCGUUUGGGUAAUUGUAUGUUGAGCAUGUAUGUGAGGCUCGGGAAGGUUCUGAAUGCUUGGCUUGUGUUCGGGAAAAUGAAAGAAAGGGAUGUGUUCUCGUGGAAUGUUAUGGUGGGUGGCUAUGCGAAAUCCGGUUUUCUGGAGGAAGCACUCAAUUUGUACCACCAGUUGUUGUGGGUCGGAAUCCGGCCGGAUGUGUAUACGUUUCCUUGUGUUUUAAGGGCAAUUGGGGGACUUCCCGAUCUUGGUAGGGGGAGGGAGGUUCAUGUUCACGUAAUUCGUUUCGGUUUUGAUGCGGAAGUGGAUGUCGUUAACGCUCUGAUCACCAUGUAUAUGAAAUGCGGCGACUUCAAAAGCGCCCGCCGAGUGUUUGAUGGAAUGCCUCGGAGAGAUCGGAUCUCAUGGAAUGCUAUGAUCUCGGGAUACUGUGAAAAUGGUUUGUUUGAAUCAGGUCUGAGAUUGUUUUCCGAAAUGAGGGUCGCGUCCGUUGAUCCGGAUGUGAUGACGAUGACUAGUGUUAUUGCAGCUUGUACUUCGUUGGAUGACGAGAGAAUAGGGAGAGAGAUUCACGGGUUUGUACUGGUUACAGGAAUGGGUGUUGAGACUUCAGUCCAAAAUGCACUGAUUCAGAGGUACGCUAAUGUUGGGAGGCUGCAGGUUGGGAUUGAGGUUUUCUCGAGGAUGAACCUUAGGGAUGUAGUUUCUUGGACGUCUUUGAUUAGUGGUUAUAUCAGAAACAACAUGCAUGAUAAGGCAGUUGAAGUUUAUGAAGAGAUGAGAUUGGUGGGCGUCAUGCCUGAUGAAAUUACACUUGCGAUGGUGAUUCUUUCAUGUGCUUCCGUGGGAUUUUUGGAAAAAGGCAUUCAGCUUCAUGAGUUUGCUGACAAGAAUGGGUUCACUUCAUGUAUCAUAGUUUGUAAUACACUAAUACACAUGUACUCAAAAUUAAAGUCUUUAGAUAGGGCAGUGAAAGUGUUCAAGGAAAUGCAAGAGAAAAAUGUGAUAUCAUGGACCACAAUGAUCAUGGGCUUCCACAUCAACCACAAGAGUUUUGAGGCUUUGAACUUCUUCCGCCAAAUGCUAUGUAAGUUAAAACCGAACUACGUUACUGUAUUAGUGGCAAUCUCAACUUGUGCCAAAUUUGGAGCCCUCAAGUGUGGCAAGGAGAUCCACGCGUAUGUGUUGCGGAACGGGUUUAGCUUUGAAGGGUUUCUACCUAAUAGUCUUCUAGAUUUGUAUGUACGUUGUUCUAGGAUGGAUACGGCUUAUAACCUGUUCAGCACAAUGAAGUGCAAGGAUGUGGCCGCUUGGAACACCUUGAUAGCAGGUUACGCUAGGCAGGGUUGUGGGUCUGAGGCAAUUUCUCUGUUUGAAGAAAUGAAAGAUGAAGGUGUGGUUCCAGAUGAAGUUACAUUUGUCACUCUCCUCUGUGCAUGUAGCAAGUCCAGAAUGGUGAAUGAAGGUUGGCAGAUUUUCCUGAACAUGACUAAAGAGUACUCUAUCAUUCCUACUUUGAAACACUAUGCGUGCAUGGUGGAUCUUUUGGGUCGUGCUGGCCUUUUGGUCGAAGCAAAUGAGUUUAUUGAGAAGAUGCCAGUCAAGCCUGAUGCUGCUGUCUGGGGUGCUUUGUUAGGUGCCUGCAGGAUCCAUCGCUGUGUUGAACUAGGUGAGAAAGCAGCGCACUACAUACUUGAAUUGGAACCACAUAAUAUAGGCUAUUAUAUACUAAUAUGUAAUGUCUAUGCUGAGGCUGGUCGAUGGGAUGAAGUAGCCAAAGUUAGGAGGCUUAUGAGAGACAGGGGACUAAGUGUCGAUCCAGGUUGUAGUUGGGUGGAGGUUAAAGGGCAAGUCCAUGCGUUUCUCAGUGGAGACAGAUCUCAUCCUCUAACAAGAGAGAUCCAUGCAGUCCUAAAUGGUUUCUAUGAAAGAAUGGAAGCCACGGGAUAUAAAAUGAAUGAAGUUGGUCUCGGUAGUGAAAUAGAAGGUUCUAAGGCUGAAAUAUUUUGUGGGCAUAGCGAAAGAUUAGCCGUUGCAUUUAGUCUAAUCAACACUGUUCCUGGGACACCUAUAUGGGUCACGAAGAACCUCUUCAUGUGCAGAAGUUGCCAUGAUGCUAUUAAGUUCAUCUCCAGGGUUGUAAGGAGAGAGAUCACUGUUAGAGAUGCUGAGCAUUUUCAUCAUUUCAAAGAUGGAGUUUGUUCUUGCGAGGAUGAACGUUACAGUGGCAACUCCUUUGUGUAAGACACCUGAACCGGAGAGCUACUGUGAACAAUUUUAACUAUGUGCUCCAGCUUGUUCCUUGUCUCUUGUGGAUUGACCACAGUAGAACAUACACAUGGCAUUAUACCUACGGAAGAUCUGCAGUCUUCCUGGUAGCAGCGAACAGUUCCAGAGGCUUCAUAUAUGUCAAAGCUACAUUCAUGAUCAAGAAGUCGUACAAUGCUAAACGGAUUCAUGAGUUGCAUAAUACAAAACAAUGUAACCCAUAAGCUAUGAGGCUGAGCAAAUGGUGUGCUCUGGUAUCCAGUCCACGAUAUGUAGGCAGUAGGAAUAAACCGAAGAUAGAAUUAGUAUACAUGGUGAACGUGAAACUAGUCAAUCUGCAAGCAAACCCACCUGUCUUGUGAGUUUCAAAACUUUUAGCAUGUGGGAACUUUGUUCUGUAAAGCAUGGGCUUUGUAGCAUUAAAAUUUUCUGAAUGCCAGAAUUUCAUUGGCA